GGUCGAUGAAAGAAUCCAUACGAUCAUAUCGGCCUGCCCACCUAGAAGACAAAUAUUACCCGCUCAAAAACAUGUCAAACAAAUCAAAUUAAAAUGGUUAUAUUAAAUUUUUUUAUCUCGAGAUGCAUUUACAACUACCAUGAUUUGGCCAUAUAGUAUAAAAGUUUAACAUACUGUUUGGUACCAAAUGAAUCGAGAAUUCAUUUCAUUGUAAAAUGAAUUACCGUGUAGAAUUCAUUGUGAAAUGAAAUCCUAUGUUUGGUACGUUAUAUUCAAAUCUUUAGAAAUAAAAUGAUGUGUCGUGUUGAAUUCAUUGUCAAAUUUCUGUGUUUGGUAUGUCAUAUGUAUAAGUAAUUUAAUUAAUAAAAGAGGAUAAUCAUGUCAUUCUAUUAUAAUUAGUAAAUACUAGUGGAAUUCAUUUGCAAAUUCCAUCUCAAUUCCUCGGAAUUUCUAUAACUAGUUCCAAUUCCGUAGAAUUCAAAAUUUAGAAUUGAAAAUGAAUUCUUUUUAAUACCAAACACAAAAAUAUUUCAUUUCAAAAUGAAUUUCUCAACACUUAUGAAAUUCAUUUAUACCAAAUAGUAUGUAAACUAUGAUAAUAAUAUUAGGUUGACUUGAUAUAUUAUGUUUAAUGAAAAUUGAACAAUCAUUAUGAGAAUCAAUAUUAAGAUAAAUUUAAAUUGACCUAAACAUUCGGUAAAUCAAAAACUCAAACACCACAAAAUCAAAAUAUGACCUAAAUGAAAAAACAAAAACAAGAUCACCUGUCCUUUGGGCAAGGGUUUAAGCUAGUAUCAUUAAAAUAUAUUUGUUUCUCUCAACCGUUCUUUAUCUCUCCUCUUUUUUUAAAGCUUUAUGUAACAUCUCGAACUUUUUCCAACAAAAAUAUUGUCCGUUUUGGGUCUCGACUCUCACGGUUUUCGAUUUGGGGUACAAUUCAAGGUGACUUCUCAUAAGGUCACACAUCCGUGUUGUACUCCACACUAAGCACAUUUAACUUUGGAGUUCUCACAAGAACUACUCCAUUACACACCAAAACGCGUCUUGUUAGUUAAGGUCGGUUUCUUACUUAUGAACCAUGGAUCUCUCACGUGCUUUGUCGAUGUGGAUUUGCCUAAGGUGUUACAUACACCCCUUCCCCUUUUGGGACUCAACUUUCUCGUUGAUCGUUAGCCCCUCCAUCGUUCAAGAGGGGCGCGGAGAGGCUCUGAUACCACUUGUAACAUCCUGAACCUUUUCCCGACGAAGAUAUUGUCCGCUUUGGGCCUCGACCCUCACGGUUUUAAACUUGGGGUGCAAUUCAAGGUGACUUCCCAUAAGGUCACCCAUCGUUUUGUACUCCACACUGAGCACGUUUAACUUCUGAUUUCUCACAAGAACUCCUCCAUUACACCCCAAAAUGUGUCUUGUCAGUUAAGGUCGGUUUCUUACUUAUGAACCAUGGAUGUCUCCCGUGAUUUGUCGAUGUAGGAUUUGCCUAAGGUGUUACACUUUAUCUCUUCUCAAGCAAAAAAACACAACUCGCAGCAGAUGCAUUUAUCUUAUAUUCCUCAACAACAAACCCUGACAGAGGGGUGGUGCUAUUACAACGAGGAUGAGCAAAAAAUCUUAUAAAACAUAUUAGAAAUCUAAGAAAGUAGACUACAAAUAUGAAAUAUCAUAAAACAUAUCGCAAAUCUCUUGAAUCAUAUCACAAAUUUCAUAAAGUACACUAGAAAUACAAGAAAACAAAACAAAAAAAAAAUCACAAAAUAGACAUCAAAUCACACCAAAAGUGUGGGACAACACACCGCGAAUAUCAUAAAAGCAUGCUAGAAACAUGAGAAAAUGACAAAAGCAAAACAAAAAUGGCAUAAAGCAUAUUACAAGGAGGAGGAACAAAAAAUCUUAUAAAACAUAUUAGAAAUCUAAGAAAGUAGACUACAAAUAUGAAAUAUCAUAAAACAUAUCGCAAAUCUCUUGAAUCAUAUCACAAAUUUCAUAAAGUACACUAGAAAUACAAGAAAACAAAACAAAAAAAAAUCACAAAAUAGACAUCAAAUCACACCAAAAGUGCGGGACAACACACCGCGGAUAUCAUAAAAGCAUGCUAGAAACAAGAGAAAAUGACAAAAGCAAAACAAAAAUGACAUAAAGCAUACUACAAAUUAAAUUCAGAAGCAUACCGCAAAUCUCUUAAAGAAAACAAAAAAUCUACUAAAGCAUACCACAAAUAUCAUAAAGCAGGCGACAAAUCUCACACAAAGCACACCAAAAACAUGAUAAAACACACUAAAAAUCGUGAACGGCUAUUUGCCGCCAAUUCAAUGAGUAUUUACCGCCAACUAUUUUUUUUAUUUUUCAAAUUUCAAAAUCCAUUUUUGUAAAACCAUACAUUCAUAACAUCACUUUACACUCGGGACAGGUUACGGUGAUUACUACAAAGUAGUAAUCACCGUGGUUACUAAGGGUAAAUUGGGUAUGGAAAAAUAAAUUAUAUUAAUUAAUUUUUUAAUAAAUUACAUUUAAGGUAGUUACAAAAAUCUAUUAAUUAAAAUUCUCUCUUUCUCUCACUUCCGUAAUCUCCAGCCAGAUUUCCUUUCUAUAUUUUUCUCAAUCUUUCUGAAAAAAAAAAAAAAAAAACGAAAUCAGUAUCAAUCCAUUAGACAAACACUACCACUUUGAAAAAUAUCAAUACCAUUGCAGAAAUAAAUCUAUACCAUUACACGAAAACUACCAUUGCAGAAAUAAAUUUAUACCAUUACACGAAAACUACCAUUCAAGAAAUAAAAACACUACCAUUUCACAAAACAUCAAUACCAUUCAAGAAAUAAAAACACUACCAUUUCACAAAACAUCAAUACCAUUGCAGAUUUAAUCACUACCAAUGCGACAAAAUCAAUACCAAUGUAACAAAAUCAAUACCAAUGCGACAAAAUCAAUACCAAUGCGACAAAAACUAUACCAAUACGACAAUAACACUACCACUACGAAAAAAAUGACUACCAUUUAAAAAAAAUCACUACUGAAAAAAAUGACUACCAUUAAAAAAAACAUACCAUUCCAAUGGAAUUCCUCCUUCCAAUUGCAGAGAUGAUGGUGAGCGCAGCUGGAGAAGCGGCAAUAGCUGAAUGUCGGCGGGGAAGGGGUGGGUCGGCGGGGGGAGGGGGGUGGGGUGGGAUGGGGUCGGCGGGGGAGGGGUGGGUCGGCGGGGGGAGGGGGGUGAUGGGCAGGGGAGGAAGGAGGGAGUGGUGGAGGAGGAAGAGAGGGACGUGGGUCGGCGGGGGGAGGGGGUGGGGUGGGAUGGGGUCGGCGGGGGAGGGGUGGGUCGGCGGGGGGAGGGGGUUGAUGGGCAGGGGAGGAAGGAGGGAGGGGUGGAGGCUGCCGCCUGCCGGCGCGUAGGUUUGGUUGGAAGGAGCAGGGUAGAAUUAGGGGUUGUGUAUAUAUAGAAUAAUCCAGUAUGGUUUAUUUUUUGUUUCCAAAAUUAUCCUUGAGCAAUCAUAAUCGUGAGAUUAAAAAAAUAGGAAAAAGAUAAAAAUGAAUUGUGGAUAUUGAUGUAGCCAAGGUGGCUACUAGAAAUUUAGUAACCAAGCUAACUCAUCCCCUUUACACUCCCAACAAACUGGAAAAAACCAACGUCGGAAGUUUAGAAGCUCUCAUCUUCCGGAAGCCAUUUUUUGUAAUUGGGAAAAAGAGGCUCGAGAAGCUACAUGACAAUUACGGAAACACCCGUCACUAAACUUUCGUCGCAAAAUACCUAAAAAAGUCUGUCUCAUAUUAAGCUGACGAGAUUUAGUGAGUCAUUACCAAAAGUUCUGUCGCAAAAGAUGCUGGGCCGAAAGAAAAUGGGGGCUUGACCACGUCCCGGGCAUGAAAAUCCUACGGCUCGACCAGGUUACGACCUCCAAAUUAUUCGGUCCGACCACGUGUUGGCCAGAUGGAAAACAAAUUUCGGCCCGACUACAUCUCGGCCGCCCGGUUAGCCGACAGGUUAUUAUCGACCAUAUUUAGCGACAAUUGCCAAUCUGUGGCCAAAAACCGUCACGAAAUCAUUUAUUUGUGAUUUUUAGGUCUAUUUACGUUUUAUUGUAAUUAAUUGUAUAAUUCGUAAUUAAAUUAUAUUUGGGUCUAAAAUUUUAAAUUAAUUAUAUUUACUUAUUAUAAUUAGUUUAUUUUACAUAUUAAUGAUAUAAUUAAGAAAUAAUGAACAGGAGUUUGGUUUAAUGGUAACACCACUAACCUUAAAUCUGGAAAUCUCAGGUUCAAAUCUCUUUAGUAGUACCUAAACAACAAAAAGUAAACCUAUAUCACUCUUAAAAAAUAAUAUAAUCAAGAAAAAAAUUAUAUAUAAUAUUAAAUUAUUCAAUAAAUUAUAUUUAUUAUUUAAAUUUAAAAAUAAAUUAUAUUAAUAAUUAAAUUAUAAUAAAUUAUGUAUAAUUAUGAUUAUUAGUUUAUUUUGGUUUUAGAUUAUAUAAUUUAGAAAUAAAUUACGUUUGAAAAAAAUUAUGUUUAAUUACCGUAAUUAGUUUGCUUAUUAAUUGUAAAAUGAUAUUUUCGUGAUAUCUUGAGUUAUGAACCUGUUCUUAUUAAUUUUUUAAUUUAUAAAUACUUUUUAAUUUAUUUUUGUUUAAAUACGAUAAUUAAUGCGAUUAUUGAUUAUAAAAAUGUCCUCUCGCGUUAUCUUGAGCUAACAACAUAGGAAAUGGACAAAAUCUUCAAUGAACCUUUGAUAUGUGGUCUUAAAUCCGUUGAAAUUAACCGGAUCUCGAUUUGAAGUCCUAGGUGAAGAAACCAUGAAUAGUGCCAAGCUUUGAUCAAUGUUUUGGGAGGCUCCAAAAUUCGAAAUAGGGAAUUUGUCGGGACUAGCUUAUACAGACGAUUGCUGUUAGUGGAAGUUUGAACGAUUUAGCCUCUAAGAUGAUAUCGUAAGAGGAUUGGAUUAAUCAGGGUAGAAGGUUGGUGGUUUGAGGAAAAGAAGGGUUUAGGGUUUGGGAGGGGAAUAAAUGCUUGUUCAUCUUCUUGUUGUUGUAGUUGUUAAUAUCGGUCAAGUUGGUUAUUCUUCAUGUUGAACUUUCCUGUUGCGCUUCGUCAAUUACACAAAAUUUAUUUCUAAAUUUAAACACUACACAUAAUUUAUGUCUAAUUUUAAAUGGUAAACCUUAUCUAUUUCUAAAUUAAAAAAAGUUAAUAAGCAAAACGAAACAAUCACAGUUAUCAAGGAUAAUUUAUUUCUAAAUUUAAACACCAUACUAAAUUCAUGUUCAAAUUUAAACACCAAACAUAAUUCAUUUAUAAUUUUAGAAACUAAAAAAAACGCUCUUUUAGUUUGGAUACUAAAUAAAAUUUAUUUAUAAAG